UGACAACCAAGUCAAAGCAACAACUACCAGUAACGCAUUACCGAGCCCUCCACACCACCGCAGACAGACAGCGAUGGAGGCCCAGACAACCCACGAGAAGAACCGGCUGCGCGCCAUCGAGCUCAAGGUGCAGGACGUGCAGAGCAAGCUCAGCUCGAGACUCCCGGCCCAGUUCCGGCACGUGGCCGCGCUCGUGUGCGGCGCCAAGUGGCGGCUGCAGGCGCUCAAGCCACAGGACGCCGCGGCCGUCGUCAAGAAGACGCGUCUGGAGCUCGGCGCCUUCGACUACCGCGUGAAGGAGCAGGCGGAGCUGCUGACGCGCUGCCUGCUGGAGCUGGACGACGUGCUGAGCCACGGCGACGCCGACGUCAAGAGCGCGCGCAAGGCGCUGGUGCUGCUCGUGCAGCAGCUGUUGCCCCAGGCCGACGCCUUCAAGGAGCGCAGCGCCAAGCUCAAGCAGUUAGGAGAGGACCUGCUCGCAACGUUUGCGGAGCAGACGCAGGCGCCGUCAACUCCCAGCGACAGCAGCUCCGAGUCCGACGACAUGCACGUGAAGGCGCUGUUCGGACAGAGUGAAGACGAGGAGGACGAAAGUGCGUCAGAGGCAGAGGAAGAAGAGCAGAGAGAAGAUGGCGAAGAGAUGGAGGAGGCUGAAGACGCCAAAGAGGACGAGCCCAUGGAGCCCGAGACCGAGGUCGUGGAAGACGAAGAGGCCGACGACGAAGCUGAAGCUGAAGACGAUAAACAACUCGCUCCUCCACAGAAGAAGGCCCCGCGUCUUCUGCCGCCAACUAUGGGUCUUACCCCACAGACAAUGGACAUCGACGUCAACUCGCUACCGGUGUGGCGGCCGUACUACCAGCUGCAGCGCCGACAGGACGGCAUCUACCUCCUCGCGCGCCUCAAGAACAUCGACCCGCGCAACGUGCGCGUGCAGUGGAACGAGCACAGCGACGUGCUCCGAGUGAGCGGCUUCCGACUGCCCACGCAGAAGGACAUCGUGAUGUCGCGCCUCAGCGGAGCCCCGACCUUCGGCCGCUUUGAGAUUGCCGAGCAGUUCCCGCGGCACAUGCUCAACAUGGAGGAGGCCACGCAGCAGAUCUUCGAGGACGGCACGCUGCAGAUUCGCAUGCCAUUCCACGUCAUGCGGCGGCCAGUGCGGUAUCACCCGGCCUCGUUCUUCCAGCCGCAGGACUGCUUCGUCUGGUAAUAGGAGAAAACAGUCAGGGGAUAGCAGCACAGCAUGUAAUACAAUAGGAUAGGUUUUCUUUUAAGAAAAAUCAUAAAUUUACAGCGAUCUUCAUC